GUGUUUGUGUCUAUGUGUGUAUAUCAUCCAAGUCCAAUGGCUAAGAUUCUUCAUUUCUUGGCUCUCAAAAAGUAGCUAUCACGAGUAAUAAAUACACACACAGCCAUAUUUUGAAUCAAACAAACAAACUAGAAUAUCGUAUCUUUGCUUUUCUCUCUUCUCUUUUUUCCUCUCUUCUCUCCAACUUCUAGUGUUUUGUUUUUCUUCAAAGCCAAAUAAUGUUCUCUCCACUUAUGUCCAAUUCCACUGUCUCUUCUGCUAGAUUAAAUCCAACUAUUAACUCCUCACAACAACCUCAGAAAACCAAGAAAAAAAGAAACCUCCCUGGUAACCCAGAUCCUGAAGCUGAAGUGAUAGCUUUAUCACCAAAGACACUACUAGCAACAAAUAGGUUUGUAUGUGAGAUCUGCAACAAGGGUUUUCAGAGGGAUCAAAACCUUCAACUACAUAGGAGAGGACAUAACCUACCAUGGAAGUUGAAGCAAAGGAACAACAAAGAAGUGGUUAAAAAGAGAGCUUAUGUUUGUCCAGAGCCUUCAUGUGUUCAUCAUAACCCUACAAGAGCUCUUGGUGAUCUUACAGGAAUUAAGAAACAUUACAGUAGAAAACAUGGUGAGAAAAAGUGGAAAUGUGAUAAGUGCUCAAAGAUCUAUGCUGUUCAUUCUGAUUGGAAAGCUCACUCUAAAACCUGUGGUACUAGAGAAUAUAAAUGUGAUUGUGGUACCCUUUUUAACAGGAAGGACAGCUUCAUAACACACAGAGCAUUUUGUGAUGCAUUAGCUGAAGAAAGUGCAAGAAUGUCAAUGUCAGCAAACCAAUUAUCCAACACUAACACAAACUCAUUAGCUCAAUCUCUCUUCCUCUUCCAAAACCAGCAAAACCACAUCACAUGGGACCCACCUCAACAAAACCCUAACCCUAGCAACCUCCACCACAACAUCAAGCCUGAAUCUCAAACCUUCCCUCACUCAUUUCUUCAUCACACCACCACCAAGACCAACAUCAUGUCAUCAUCACCCUUCCAUGUCAGCACACAACAACCUUCCUCAAAUGCUACCACGUCGCCACACCUUUCAGCAACUGCACUUCUCCAGACAGCAGCAAACGUUGGUGCCACCGCCAUCACAGGUCACCACACAUCUCAACUCAGCAUGGGCGAGUUUACAUCGGUGACUCAUCUAGACUCGGUUGAUCACUACAUUAACAACUUGAGAGGCUUCAGAAAGAAUGACGAAGGUCUCACGAGGGACUUUCUCGGCCUUACUAACACCGGCAGAGGACACGGUGGCUCCGUUGACGUAAAGGAUAUGCUAACAUUCACAGGAGGUGUAGAGUAUGAACAAAACAUGAUGUUCAAGUCACAACAAGGUUUUGGUUUCUUUGGAACAACGACAACAAGUGUUCCCGAAUCAUGGGGGAAUUGUUAGAACCAAAACUUUGCCUUAUUUCUUGUCUCAUGUACUCUCUUGUUAUGAAGUACUUGUAUUUUUAAGUUUACCUCAUUUCCAAUUUCUCUUUUUUCUUUUGACAGAUUUAUGUUUCAUUUCAGUGUAUUUCCAUGGAUGAAUGAAUCCUUAGUUUUUAUACGUACGGUGCUACUGUU